AUGGGAAAUAAGAUCGCAAGAACAACACAAGCAUCAGCAACAGAGUAUUACCUUCAUGAUCUUCCAUCAUCGUACAAUUUAGUUCUUAAAGAAGUACUUGGUCGUGGUCGAUUCUUCAAAUCAAUUCAAUGUAAACACGAUGAAGGCCUUGUUCUUGUUAAGGUUUACUUCAAACGAGGAGACCAGAUCGAUUUGCGGGAUUACGAGAAAAGACUCUUUCAUAUUCGGGAUAUCUUUCGUUCUAUUGAAAAUCCCCAUAUUUGGCCUUUUCAGUUUUGGCUGGAAACCGACAAGGCGGCUUAUCUGCUCAGGCAGUAUUUCUUCAAUAAUCUCCAUGAUCGGCUCAGUACAAGGCCUUUUCUUAGCCUAAUUGAGAAGAAAUGGCUUGCUUUUCAGCUUUUGUGUGCAUUGAAGCAGAGUCACGAGCAUGAUAUUUGUCAUGGUGAUAUUAAGUGUGAGAAUGUGCUGGUUACUUCUUGGAAUUGGGUUUACCUGGCUGAUUUUGCAUCUUUUAAACCAACCUAUAUUCCUGAUGACGAUCCAUCUGAUUUCUCAUUUUUCUUUGAUACUGGGGGAAGAAGGCUAUGUUAUCUCGCACCUGAGAGAUUUUAUGAGCAUGGAGAUGAUAUGCCAGUCGCGCCUGAUGCACCGCUUAAGCCAUCUAUGGACAUCUUUGCAGUAGGUUGUGUGAUAGCAGAGCUUUUCCUUGAGGGCCAUCCACUAUUUGAACUUUCGCAGCUGCUUGCUUACCGGAGAGGGCAAUAUGAUCCUAGUCAGAAUCUUGAGAAGAUCCCUGAUCCAGGAGUACGGAAGAUGAUUCUUCACAUGAUCCAGUUGAAUCCAGAUGAACGAUUGUCUGCUGAAGGUUAUCUGCAGAGUUAUGCUGGCACCGUGUUUCCGAACUAUUUCUUACCAUUCCUGCACAACUUUUAUUCAUGUUUGAAUACUCUUGAUUCUGAUGCAAGGAUUGUAAUGUGUAAGAGCGCUUUCCAUGAAAUAGUUAAGCAAAUGACAGACAAUAAAUUUAAUAUUGACUCAAGUGGAGGACAUGGGGUACAAUCUAACUAUGCAUCUAGUAAUACAUCCCAACAAACAGUCUCAACUCAAUUGCACAGCUAUCCCAAGGUCUCUUUGAAGAAAGAUCUCCAGACGGGAAGCUUAGUUAAUGAGCGGUUUGAGCUUCUUGGUGAUUUGAGUGCCUUACUUAGGGACGUGGAUCACUCAAAUCAUUUCUCCAGUGAUAAGACAUAUCAAGAGGAUACAUCUAAAAUUCACUUUUUGCAAAAUCAGGAGGUGUACAGCUCUCCUAAUCUACUUCAAACUAUAUCUGAUGUGUUUAAGAAACGGGAGCAUGCCUUUUUGAAGAAGAUCACUAUUGACGACUUGAAAUCAUUAAUGUCUGAAUAUGACAAUGAAUCGGAUACUUAUCGCAUGCCCUUUCUACAGCUACCUCCUGAUGAUAUGAGUUGUCAAGGUAUGGUUCUUAUUACUUCUUUGCUAUGCUCAUGCAUACGUAAUGUCAAGUUCCCCCACCUGCGGCGUUGCUGUAUACUCUUGUUGAGGUAUUCAUCUAUAUAUAUUGAUGAUGAAGAUCGACUCCAGCGUGUGCUCCCAUAUGUUAUUGCUAUGCUGUCUGACACAGCUGCCAUUGUUCGUUGUGCUGCUUUAGAGACUUUGUGUGAUAUUUUGCCACUAGUUCGAGAAUUUCCUCCAAGUGAUGCUAAAAUUUUUCCUGAAUACAUUCUUCCGAUGCUCUCUACGCUUCCCGAUGAUCCAGAGGAAAGUGUACGAAUUUGUUAUGCAACCAAUAUAUCUAAGCUUGCAUUAACAUCCUAUGGAUUUUUAGUUCACUCUAUAAGAUUGAGUGAGGCAGGCAUGUUAGAUGAACUAAAUGCACCGCAGAAAUCACUGGCACCAUCUACUGAUAAAGGACAGGCACUCAAAGUGUACAGCAAUGCACAACUUGCUCUUCUUAGAAAAUCCAUAGCUGAUGUUGUUCAGGAUCUUGUAAUGGGUUCGAAGCAGACUCCAAAUAUUAGGAGAGCACUUUUGCAGGAUAUUGCUGGUUUGUGUUGCUUCUUUGGUCAAAGACAGAGCAACGAUUUUCUGUUGCCUAUCCUUCCUGCUUUUCUGAAUGACCGUGAUGAGCAGUUGAGAACAGUUUUCUAUGGGCAGAUAGUGUAUGUUUGCUUCUUUGUGGGUCAAAGAAGCGUUGAGGAAUACCUUUCACCAUACAUUGAGCAGGCUUUGAGUGAUACAAUUGAAGGUGUUAUAGCGAAUACGUUGGAUUGCUUAUCUGUACUGUGCAAUAGUGGUUUCUUACGGAAAAGACUUCUGCUUGAUAUGAUAAAGCAUGCUUUUCCCUUGCUAUGUCAUCCCAGUCAAUGGGUUCGGAGGUCAGUUGCAUCCUUCAUUGCUGCAAGUAGUGAGAGUCUGGGAGCUGUUGAUACCUAUGCCUAUUUAGCCCCAGUUGUUCGCCCUUUUCUGCGCAGGCAGCCAGCUUCAUUAGAUUCAGAGAAGGCUCUUCUUUCAUGUCUAAAGCCUCCUGUUUCUAGACAGGUAUUCUAUCAAGUCUUAGAGAAUGCCCGGAUCUCAAAUGCGCAGGGCUCAGACAUGUUGGAGAGACAGAGAAAGAUAUGGUACAAUACAUCAACACAGCCUAAUCAAUGGGGUGCUAUUGAUCUGCCGAAACAGGAUGAGGACUUGCUUUCCUUGGAGAAUUGGCCUGACACUUACCAAAAAUUUGAGGAUCAAAGUGUUGGGGGACUUUCUACAAUAGAGACAAUGGAAUGUGAUAGUACUGAGGCUAAAUUGAGAGCUUUGAGGGGUUGUAUCCGUAAUGCUUCAAGUACGAUUGAUAUAAGGGAUCAUCUAUCACCAGAGAAGCUGCAGUUCUCUGGCUUGAUAUCUCCUCAGCUCAAUGGUAUGAAUAGCAUCCUUCAUGAAAAAGCAUCUGAAAACAUACCGCUGUACUCUUUCUCUCUAGACAGAAGAGCAUUGGGGAACGCUCAAGCAGCAUCUGACACUUCAUUGCAACCUAACUUACUAGGAUUAGGUGCAUCUACCGCACCUUGGAUGGAUCCAGUGAACAAACCAUUUGGCAUGGCUAGUUCAGUCCCAGCACCUAGACUUGUCUCAGGUUCAUUCAGCAUUGCAAAUGGCACAAAACAAUUCCAUAGAGUGGUACAUGAACCUGAAUCCAGGGAAAGUGACCAAGCAUCAUAUAUGAGUAGCAAAUUUCAAGAUUUGGGAGUUUCUAGCAGUAGCAGCACAAAAGGAAGUUCAACAUCUAACGAGGAUGUUCCGCCCUCGGCUGAUGUAGCCGGAUCACCAUCUGUCUCGUGGACUUCAGCACUUCCUGACUCUGGGUGGAAACCCCGUGGAGUGCUGGUUGCUCAUCUACAGGAACAUCGCUCUGCUGUCAAUGAUAUUGCUGUUUCAACGGACCACAGUUUUUUUGUUAGUGCUUCUGAUGAUUCAACUGUGAGGGUUUGGGAUUCGAGGAAGUUAGAGAAGGAUAUUUCAUUUAGGUCUAAGUUGACCUAUUCCUUGGAGGGUAGCCGGGCAUUGUGCGCAACAAUGAUUCGGGGUUCUGCACAAGUUGUUGUUGGUGCAUGUGAUGGCAGUAUACACACAUUCUCUGUGGAUUACAUCUCCAGAGGACUUGGCAAUGUUAUUGAGAAGUAUUCUGGUGUCGCUGAUGUGAAGAAAAAGGACGUUGGAGAAGGUGCAAUCCUCAGCGUUGUCAACUACUCUGCUGAAGCCUCUUCAAGUCAUUUGGUUAUGUACAGCACUCAGAAUUAUGGUAUUCACCUUUGGGACACCAGGGCUAAUACUGAUUCAUGGACACUAAAAUCUCCUCCUGAGGAGGGUUAUGUCUCCAAUUUGGUGACAGAUCCAUCAGGAAACUGGUUCAUAUCAGGGUCUUCCAGGGGUGUAUUGACCCUAUGGGAUCUUAGGUUUCGCAUACCAGUCAACUCAUGGGAGUAUUCACGUCCAUGCCCUAUAGAAAACAUGUGUCUCUAUGUACCUCUACCACACACGCCUUUUUCUUCAAUGGGUAGGCCUCUUGUCUAUGUUGCUGCUGGCUAUAAUGAAGUUUCUCUGUGGAAUGCAGAAACUGGAAGCUGCCAUCAGGUAUUCAGAGUGCCAGGUAAUGAUGGUGAUGCUGAGUUUUCUGAGUUGCCUUGGGCAUUGGCCAGACCGCAGAACAAGGCAAAUCCCAAAUCAGACCCUAGACGAAAUGUUAACCUGAAAUAUCGAGUUGACGAGUUGAAUGAACCUCCUCCUCGGGUCUCAGGCAUUCGUUCAUUGCUUCCUCUACCUGGGGGAGAUUUGUUGACUGGUGGAACUGACUUGAGAAUACGCCGAUGGGACCAUAGCAGGCCUGAGCGCAGUUACUGUGUGACUGGGCCUACAGUUAAAGGCCUUGGAAAUGAUGAACUUUACGAAAGUAAAUCUAGCUUUGGUGUACAGGUUGUGCAGGAAAUGAGGAAACGACCUACUACCACCAAGUUGACAACAAAAGCAGUUCUUGCAGCAGCUGCAACUGAUCCUGCAGGUUGUCAUCGUGACUCGAUCCUCUCUCUUGCUACUGUCAAAUUGAACCAGAGAUUGUUGCUAUCAAGUAGUAGAGACGGGGCAAUAAAGGUCUGGAAGUGAAAGUCGUUCUUGUCACAGCCUCCCGGGUACUAAUUUUUCUGUUUCUUGUUUAGGGUUGUCAAUAGGUGAAAUUGUAAAUUUAUGUACAUUACAUAAUACAUAUUUUAUGGUAGGGUCUCUUACCAUAUUUUGUAUAGCCUGUAAAGAAUUAAGGAUGCAGUUCAUUGUAUUAUACUACCUACGAGUAUAUUUAAUAUUUAUAUUAUUGUAAUUAAACGGGGUAGUUAUUUUAAAUUACUUUGCCUUCUCCAGAA